GCUGGCUUGAAGCUGCCCUCGCGCCACCCGCGUCUGGCAAGCGAAUGGCUUUUGUCUUUGGAUGUGGUUGGCAGAGGCCGCGAAGGGAGCCGCGCACGCAUCGGAAGGACGGCGUCGCCUGCUGCGCCCGACCCGCCAGGAACAUGCCGACAGAACAGCCCGCGAGCAGCGCGCGUCCAGCCACGGUUCACAGGUCAUCUCCCCUUCCACAUCUGGGCUUCUGGUAACGCAGCACUAACUUGUAAUGAAAUGGAGUCUGGGUCAAGUUCUUUUAGAGUGGAAUUUCCUGACUUCUCUAGCACCAUUUUACAGAAGCUGAACCAGCAGCGCCAGCAAGGACAGUUAUGUGAUGUUUCCAUUGUAGUUCAGGGCCAUCUCUUUAGAGCCCAUAAAGCUGUCCUCGCAGCCAGCUCCCCAUACUUCUGCGACCAAGUGCUCCUGAAAAAUAGCAGACGAAUAGUCCUGCCUGAUGUGAUGAAUCCAAGGGUAUUUGAGAAUAUUCUUCUUUCUACUUACACGGGUCGCCUGGUCAUGCCUGCCCCAGAAAUUGUCAGCUAUUUGACAGCAGCAAGCUUUCUUCAGAUGUGGCAUGUAGUAGACAAAUGUACAGAAGUGCUAGAAGGGAACCCAACAGUGCUUUGUCAGAAGAUGAAUCAUGGCAGUGAUCAUCAGUCCCCAAGCAGCAGCAGUUAUAAUGGCCUUGUUGAAACUUUUGAGCUGGGUUCUGGCGGACAGACUGACUUCCACAAAGGGCAAGAGCUAAGGGAUGGUGAAAAUGAAGAAGAAAGCUCGAAAGAUGAGUUGUCAUCUCAAGUAACAGAACAUGAGUAUCUUCCCAGUAACUCUUCAACGGAACAUGACAGACUAAGCACAGGAAUGACAAGUCAGGAUGGCGAAGAGGGAGCUAGCGACAGUGCAGAAUAUCAGUAUACAAGACCUCUCUACAGCAAACCCAGCAUCAUGUCACACAAACGUUGGAUCCAUGUGAAACCGGAAAGAUUUGAACAGGACUGUGAAGGUGCAGAUAAUCCUUAUGAUGAGCACCAAGUCUCCGAGUCCAUGAAUGCCAUUCAGCCAGAGCAUCCUAUCCAGUCUUCAGGUGUCGAAGACUUUCACAUCAGCGACAAAAAGAUAGAACCAGAAUUUGAUGAACAGGGUGAUGAGGGUAACUAUGAUGAGCAAGUUGAUUUCUAUGGCUCUUCUAUGGAAGAAUUUUCAGGUGAAAGGGCAGAUGGAAAUGGAAGUGUUCACAGACCAGAUGUUAUGAUAGCAGCAGGGUAUGGUGAAAAUGUUGAAAUGGCUGCAGGAAUUAAAGAAGAAACCUCCCUCUCUGGAUUCUCGCAUGCUGACAAACUGUAUCCCUGUCAGUGUGGUAAAAGCUUUACACACAAGAGCCAGAGGGAUCGGCAUAUGAGUAUGCACCUUGGCCUUCGGCCUUACGGCUGCGGGGUCUGUGGUAAGAAAUUCAAAAUGAAACACCACCUUGUUGGCCACAUGAAAAUCCACACGGGCAUCAAACCAUAUGAGUGUAACAUCUGUGGGAAAAGAUUUAUGUGGCGGGACAGUUUUCAUCGGCAUGUCACUUCUUGUAGUAAAUCAUACCAGGCUACCAAAGUUGAGCAGAAUACUACUGAGAUGAACUGAAACAUAGUAAAUGUUGUUUAGUAGAGUAAGCAAAACAAGUUAAUUAUGCAAAUACUGUCUGGUACUUGCUAUUGUGACAUUUUAGGGUGGUUUUUUUUAAAGUUCUAAGGGUGUUGCUGAUUCAAGCAGAUCAGAUUUUAUUGUCCAUCUACUGAUGCCACUCUACAAGCUUUAGAUGUAAAAGAUGUUCAGGUGGCUAAUUCAUGAGACUUGUAAUCUGUAAAUAGUGAGGCCACUUGUGGUAACUUUUUCCUUGUUGGGCAUCCUCUUUUAUUAAGUGUCAUACAAACACAUAGUGAGGCCCAAUCCCCAAAAGAGUUAUUAAAGGUUCCAAUCCUGCAAAUAUGUAUUUCUUUGUAUAACUGUAUGCAUGUGAGUGGCCUUAUUGAGAAGUGGACAACAAUAACCCCACCACAAGAUUGCUAGUCUGGUAAACCUAACUAUUUGCAGGAGUCAAAGCUCUUAAACGAGUAAGAUUUCUACCUGUAGAAUAACUUGUCUGCCUGCAACUGAACAGAGACCACCAACACCCUUAACAUAGGUAACUUAAGUAGCCUUUAGAGUGCCACAGCAUUUGAUGGAAAGCUAUUAUUUGGAUAAUUUUUCUGCCUAUUUUUGGUAAAGUAUCUGGUCCUAUCUAGGUAUUGGGCCUAAUUCUUUUUAUCCAUUUUUGUAAAGCACUUGGUUAUAUCUUGUUGGACAGUGCAUAUAUUUAAGACUGAAUCAAAUUAUAACUGUCUUGGCCUAACAGAGCCUAAUGCUGUGGCAAGUCUGGCUGCCUUUUUAACUACUACAUCAUAACAGAACAUCUAGCAGUUGCACGGGUGGCCAACUGUCAAAAUGUGUAACAAAAAAACCAAACCAACCCUGCAAAGUUGGUAUUAAUCCAGUACACUCAGUUAAGCGUUUAAACUAUAGUUUGUUUUGGAAUUUAAUGGAUCACUGCAGCAGCAAGUACCAAACUCAGUGAACAGUACAAACAGAUUUGUUUUUGGUACUAAAAUGUAUUUGAAAAUUUCUAUCUAGUUUUAGUUCAUAACUUCUAAACACUUGCUUCAGUAAGUGGUUGUUAGUCACAGACAAACUAUUUAAAUACUUAAUCCUUUACUGUUUGACCAGUCAGGUUUUUAGUACAGGUUCUUGGUACUGAACUACUGUGACUCUGAUCAUUUCCAGAGCCACAAGCAGCCAGAGUUGUUUCCCCUCCAAAUGAAGCCUGUUGCUGACCACUUAAAUUGCCCAGUUGGGAUCCCUUUUAAUGGUACAGUGGGAUAUAGGGCUGCAGAAAAGUUUCAAGCUUGGGAGCAACUUCUGGAUCCUUGACAGUGAGAAGGCGGUGCUUGUGCUCCAUGAAGAAGAUGUGUUAUCCACUGGACUCAUGCUCUAGCAGUUUGUGUGGAGCAAUGUUGUAGUUUUGAGGGAUGCUACCAGCCCUGCAGGUGAGAGUGGAUGCAUCAGUUGUAAUGCUGACAUUAGGAUUUACUAAUUGAAAGCCUUUGCACUCCUACUUAAAAGCAGUUAACUUUACUUUGUACUUUACGGCCCGACAUAAGAUGAAAGGAGCCUCCUUAGCAUAAAUGGGUCACGAUCAGAAUGGGUGAGAGUCCAUGUGCUUGCAACCCACUUCCAGCAUAACAGUUUGGGACAAUUGCUAGCCUGCUUCAAGUGGCUACCAGCUAUGACUGUCUCCCGAAGAUGGAUGUCUGGGACAAGGUGGCGUUUAUUGCUUGUCGGGCUACUAUCUCUGGUCACUUCUGUUUUGGCAUAUUAAUUAUAAACUUUUAAGUAAAAUUAUUUUGUCUUGAAGGCUCUUAAAUUUUACUCUGUCAAUUCUUCAGAUAUUUUUCAUAUGGAAUUUUGUUAAAAUAGAUGAUCCCAAAUAUGAAGAUUCCAUUGCAGGCAAUGGAUACAAAUGGCCCAGCACCAAGGAGUUCCUGUUCCUAGCACUUAAUUGGACUCUACAAUAAACCAUGUGGCCAUGUGUAGCCCUUGUAAUCAAGGUAACUAAACAGGGAUUUGCUCACUAACACUGUAACUUGCUCAAUGUAUAGAAGCACUUUGUAUUUAAAAAUCUUUAUAAGUAUGUUUUUUAAACUUAGAAAUGAUAUAUUCCCUCAAUAGUUUGUUUCCAUGUUAACACUGUCUUUUUAAUCUUGAAAUUUAUAGUGGUAACAGGCUAUUUCCUUGUCUGUUCAGAAAAGCAUAGAGGGCGGUGUUCCAGCAUUCCCUGGCCCAAUUUUUCCAUUACCUUCUCCCUUCCCAGUCCCGUGUACUGGAAGACUUUUCUGCACGUUCCAUUCUUUACUGCUGUGGGAAAGAUUCUCCUGCUCAUUUCAGGGUUGUUCUAGCAUAGUCAUUUUCAUCCUCUUUCAUACAGGGACCCCCAUGUUGCAACUGAAAAUUUUGGGGACCUUCCUCCAAUCUCUCUAUAAAGAAGAGGGUGGUCACAAUCCCCAGGUUGAGAAUCCAUAGUCAAGCGGUCCAUCAGACCCAUCCCCUACAGUGCUGCCAGCAAAGCCCUUUCUUCUACCAGUCUGAGAUGACUUUUAUAUGGGUCUUUUAAAUGUUAACUGCAACUAGGAAUAAUGUUUAGAUAACUUUGAAAUAGAGCUUUAAAAUAAAAUGUACUAAAAAAGACACUUUAAAGGUUUUAUACAGGUGCAGUAGCUGCAUAUAAAUAAUGUUGAUCCUUUAUAGUGACUUGUCAUGGAUGGUAAAUUUCUAAUAUUGGUCUAAUGCUGUCCUACCUAACGUUUUGACAUUGUGUUGAAACCCCACAUAUGUGAUUCCAUUAAUGUUUAUAACACUUGACGCUUGGAUCUUUGGUUUUAAACCACAUUAAAUGGCUUGGGUACAAGGAAGUAUUUGCCAUAGAAGAUUUUUCUCCAGAGUUCUCACUUCUACCUGUUCCACUCAAGCUGACCAAGAUAAAGAAGUAUGGAUACAGCUUUUUGCAGAGUUUGCAAGCACUAUUAGUACGAUGGCUUUGUUCCAGCAACAAAGAUGCUUGCUGUUUUGGGUGAAACGAGACAUUCAUAUUAAGGUCAAUUUUAAGCACUUCUGCUUAUGCUUUAUUUUAGAGACAUUUGUUCAUUUUUCCCACCUGUACUUUAGUGUUGUCUCUUUGCUGAGGGGUGUUAUCAAAGUGGGCAUUUUAUAAACACCUGAAGUAUUGUCAUCAUUGGCAGGACUUCUCUCUCUUUACACCUCAUAAAGAUAUUAUAUUUUUCUCUCGUCUGUUCAGUCACUGGAUUUGAAAUGUUCGUUACCAUGGUAUUUAAGUUAACUACAAUUCUGUAAGUCUCCUGCUGCCAUGGUGACACAUUUCAAAACUUCUGUUCCUCAUGGGUCUGUGAAUCUUGAUGUAGUAGUCGUAUUCUCCUUGACUGGGGUUCCUGUUCUGUACAUUAGUAUUUAAAAGCCCUGCCUUCACAACUGCAGGGAGCAACUGUCUUAGAAGCCUAAAAAAAUAAGGCUGCAAAGGGCCUCAGGAAGUCACCUAGUCCAACUCCCUUCUCAAGGAUACCCAACUAAACCAUCCUAGUCAAGUAUUUGUCUAACUGCUCUUAAAUUUCCAAAAAUGAAAAUUCCACAACCUCUCUGGAUAUCCUUUGCCAAUGCUUAACCACCUUCAUAAUGAAAAAGUUUUCUAGUAUCUAACCUGAGUAUCCCCUGCUACAAUUUGAGAGCAUUACUCCUCAUCCUUUGUGUUGCUCUCCGCUGGACUCUUAAUCUGUCUGCAGCUUUCUUGAAGCGUACUGUGUCCAGUUUCAGGCCCCGCUCCAGGUAAGGCCCCACCAGUCCCAAAUCCAAUGGAAAGAUUAUUUCCCUUGAUUUGCAACUCGUUAAUACAAGCCAGUAUGCUGUUGGCUCUCUGCUGCAGUGAGAGCACACAGUUGGCUCCUACCUUAUGGUCCACUGUAACUCCCGUGUCCCUUUCUGCAGAAGUACAGCCUAGCUAGUCAUUCUCUAGUCUGUCUUUGAAUGUCGCUUGUUUCAGAGGUGAGCACAUAAGACUCUGAAAGACAUGACUGGAAGAUCUUUGUUCUCAGUUCUCCCCUCUGAUGUGCUGCUGAAUUUAGGCAACUACUCACAUCCCUUUGCACUUGCAGCAGCUGAUUUAUCAAGAGUAUAAGCAAAUGCCACACUUCAGAGUCCACAGGGGAGCUCAGAGACUCCCAAAUCCUGGUGUCCUUAUUGUAAAGUCCACACUAACAUCCCCAUACUUUUGGGCAUGAAAUAAUGGAGAGCCUUCAAGCCCUCUAAACAGAACAUGACUGGGCUGGUGUCAGUAAGAUAACCUUUUUUGACUCCCAAGAAGCUAUAGUACAUUUAGUUUGUCAGGUCUGUUUUGCAGAACUGAAAGUUCCAUAAAACGGUAAAGAAAGGUUGCUGUAUUCCUCAGUUACGUGUGUUUAUGAGGGGGGUUUUUUAGACAAAGGCUCUAAGCUCUCAGUGCCGAAGGGAGACGCUGGAAAACAAAGUAGUAUUUUUUUUUUUUAAGUGAUGAAUCUGUCGGACUCUGAUUUUGCUUGAAGCUUGCGUCAGUUGAUUGCUGCAUUUUUUGUUUUCCAUGGGAUUCCAGAACAUCUUCCAGAAAUGUAACUGUUUAUGCAAGUCAGGUGAAUCUUCCCCAAUGAGCUAAAUUUUUUACUUAUAAAAUAGUAAAGUUGCAUAUCUUGAUAUUUUGUGAGAUGUUAUGCCUGUAUUGCAAAGGUUGGAUAGUUUUGUCUAUAUAAAAUUGCUGUCCUAAUUGCACAGCAUGGUUUUAAUUAAUUUAAUGUUACUGUUCAAUAUUUUCUUCUUAUAGAAGAGACCCAUGCCCUUUUUUGUAUAACAUGUUUUAAUAAAUGUUAUCUGUCAGUUUUGUAAAAGCUUUCUUUUUUGUGUGUACAAAACUAAUGCAUGUGUAGUUCUAGAAUAGUAUAUGCAGCUUUUGUCAUGAAGAAUAACAACUUGAACAAAACUUUAGUACUUCAAGAAGUUGCCAGUCCAUAUCACUAUCAUCAUGGAUAACAAUAAAAUAAGGAAGCGAACCUAGCAAUAGGAGUUUAUCAAAGUGUUUGGUUUGCCUGUCAAUGUUGUUUCUUAAGUUCCAGUUUCA